AUGAAAAGGCUCAGAAACGCCACAGUCGAAAUUGAUAUAGAGAACAGGAAAGACUUAUCUAAGCUGGAAAUUAUAAAAAUGUUUUUAAAAGGGGUGAAGGAGUGUAAAAAUGUCGAACGUUUAAGGGAGAAGGCGAAGGGACAUGUGCCUCCAAGCACCAAGCGAAAACUGAUGAAGCAACGACGAAUGGCCAACUUGAGAGCUCACGUUAAAAAUUGCAGAAUAAGGAAGCAGGAGGAAGUUCCGCCGGAAAAAAACAUCCUCAAUUUCCCCAAAAAUCAGAUCAAAAAUAUAAAUGCCGCCGUCCUCUACUUCAGGCACUAUUUCGAGAGGUACGAGGAGAACACGAAUUGA